AUGUAUUUCCUCUCGGCACUCUGCGGGUGCUUCACUCGAGACGAGAAUCUCUCGCAGCCCCAUCCCUCUUCGGAGGUGGUCGCCAAAAGACUCAGCCCCAACGGCAUCCAGACAGGACGCUUUACACUCUCCGCUGAAGGCGAAUUUAUCCGCCCAGCGUCCCCAGCACCGCCAGCCGGGAGCCAUGGGCACGGGCCCCCGCCUUCUGACUCGCAGGAUGGAGGCUAUUCUAGCGUGGUCCCUCUCCCGCAGUACUCAGCCCGUCCAAUGAGCCUCCACGAGAAGACUUUGGAAGCCCAUAUGCGUGAUCCAUCUAUUUCCUCCGAGUCUCAGAACUUCUGCCCCAACGAUGAAAAGAACGAUCAUUACGAUGGAGAUCUCACCUCCGAUAGUUCAUCAGCCGUUUCCUUUCCCAGCAGCUACGGCAAUACCUCCACCGCAACGAGGGAUACUCCACCACCGCCAUACUCUCCCCGUCAAUCCGUAGUGCUGAGUCGCUCGCGGUCCAUGUCCAUCUCGUCUACUAUGGCGGUCAUCAUUAAUCCACCUCCCGCUGCCCGCAUGAGCGGUUCGCGGACUGGACCUACAUACUCUGAGGAGGAUGAUCAGUCCCUUCGUCGUCAUCGGCGGGUCUCUUGGGAGAGCCGAUGA